CACACACACACACACACACACACACACACACACACUAACCCCCUGUGAUGCCAACCCUCCAUGGCUGGGCUGAACGGCAUGUCUGUCGAGGCGGUAUAAUCUAAAAGCAAACCGGGACAUUAUGGAGCAGACGGUGUGUUGACGGAGAUGCGACGGUGCAUGAAAAAGACAGUUGGCCUCCGCGGCGGGAUGAAGUAUGAUCGGCGAUAAACACGCAGAAGAACACCGAGAGAGACAUUUAAGUCAACUUAAUCCAUCUGGACAUCGGGGGGGAAGAUAAGGACCGUGAUGGCUUCGAUGAAAACAGCAUUAUUCGUGUUUCUACACUGGGUGCUCCAGUGCGCUGUGUGUCGCGACGUAUCUGUUCCUCCUGGGACCCUCUACCGUGUUGCAGGGUUCCCCCUCUCCCUGCCCUGUGCUGUGUCAGGAUUUGAAGGGCCACGCACGCAGGACUUUGAGUGGUUCCUGUACAGAGAUGAUGCUGGUGGCAGGCAGAUGGGAGUGGUGUCUACCAGGGACAAGGGCUUCCCUUACGCCCCAUUUCAGCCUCGGGUGAAGAAUGGGGAGGUGAGGGUGGAGAGGGACUCGGGGGACAAAGUCCGACUGGUGAUCCAGAGACUUCGAGCUGAAGACCAGGGGAAGUACGAGUGCUACACACCCAGCACGGACAGCACCUACCAGGGGAACUACAGCGCCUCAGUGCCUGUCAAAGUGAUCCCUGACACACUCCAGGUCAGCUACACCCGCUCCCUCACCGGCCAGCCCGUGCCCGAGGGGGCCGAGUUAACUCUGACAUGCUCAGGCGGCAUCCAAUCGGAGCAGCUCACCCAGCUAUCCAUCACGUUUGGGAAGCGCAAUAAUGGAGAGGGCUCGGGAGCCGAAGGUGGAGGGGAGGUCAGCAACAUAAGGGAGAUUAUCUCCAUCGACAAGCUGCUGGGGGUCGUCCCUGGACGUAUGUACAAGAAGCGGUACGACGAUGGAGAGAUCACGCUGGAGAAGAGGAACAAGGAAGGGGGACUGGGCGAGUACGUGAUGAAGAUGAGGGCCGUGCAGCCAGACGACACCGGCUCCUAUUUCUGUGAGUCCACGCAGUGGAUCCGGGACCCCGAUCGAUCCUGGCAGAAGAUCGCACAGAGGACGCUGGAUAUUGGCAACUUGACCGUUCAGCAACUAGCGGAGUCUCUGAGUAUAACGUCCUCUCCCCGAGGGGAGGUGACCCUGCAGGUGGGGGCUCCUCUCAUCCUGACCUGUGAGGUGUUAGGGCUGCCGGCGGAGGUAAACUCAGGGCUGCUGGUUCAGUGGAUGAGAUCAGUCAGCAGCGAUGGAGCUAGGAGCGGGGGGGUCGAGGUGGAGGUGGCCCGCAUGAGCCCGGACGGUGUUGUGAGCUGGGGAGACAACCUCAGCCGAGCGAGUGGGGGCUCCAUGGAGAAAGUGGCGGGGGGGAGAUACACUCUGAAGCUGUUCUCAGGCCAGCCUUUAGACUCUGGGGUGUACCGGUGUGUGGUGAGUGUGUACGCCGGGAGAGCCAACCCUGACCCGUCUACUCCGGUAACACUCACCCAGAGGUCUGAGGGGGUCACCGUCAACCUCAAAAGCAAAGAUGUGCUGGUUGCAGCUGUGGCUCAGCUCCUUCGAGGCCCUCUGCUAAAACGAGGCAACACCAUCACCCUGAUCUGCAACAUCACCGUGACGACCACAGGUCCCGCCCAGGCGCAGGUGCAGUGGCUGCGGUGGCCAAUCCCUCCUCGAGUUAUCAAGAGGGAGGAGAGCCCGGCCUCUGCUGUUACUGUACCGGACCCCCCUGUGGAGGAGGGGUCCAGCCUGGUAGCCGCCCUCAUGUACGACGGUGUUGCAAAGAUCUACGUCAACACUAGCGACGUUAGCAUUGACCGCCUGUCCGCUGGUAGCUACAGGCUGAGGGUCCACUCAGCUACCAUGGAUGAUCAGGGCAUGUAUGCGUGUCAUGCCCAGGCGUGGGGUCAGGACCCCCAUGGAGGCUGGUACAACACAGGGGCCAGAGCAGAGUCCAAUGCAGUGACCGUCUACAUGUAUUCCAGAGCUGAAGACCUCCUGCUCAUCCCUCUGGUGGUCGGAGUCUCUUCGGCCUUGUUUGUGGGCAUCCUCAUCAUCUCAACAGUGACCUGUUGCUUCAUGAAGCGGCUGGCAAAGCAGCGCACUCCAAAAUAAGUAAACCCGCUGUUUGCUGCCGAUCUGAAGUCUGAAUGUUCGCGAAGAGGCACAAAGAGGUGAUGCCCAGAACAUAGCGGGAUACAAAUGGCUGAGAAAUAACUUUUAGACAAGAAUGAAGCGAAAAAUACCCUGCUGGUUUUCUGUGUUUAGACAUUACUGUUUAACAACCAAUGCCAAAAGAUUGUGUUUUAAAUUAUCUUGUAUUUUUGUAUCCAAAACUCCUCUGGACAUAUUUUAGUCACCAUACAUGAACCUUACUGGGCAAAGACCUAACAUUUUUGUAGUCCAUUUCUAUGUUAGCUUAACCUACAUUUUUUUAAUCAUCCCUUUGUUCCAGUUUAACUUUCUGUCUAGAAUGGAAAAUGGUAAAAAUACACAAGAAAAGCAAGAUUUUUGUGACGAGGUAGAAAGUAAAGAAGGUACUCAGUUUCCUUUUGUCUAUCACAUGAGAGGAAUCUUAAAGUUACUGUAGAAAUUCUCAAGGAAAAUCAAACAAACUGCCCUCUUAAAAGUCAUGGUUUGAUCAUUUCAAUUUGAAGGUCAGAUAUUUUGUAUAACGCUGUUUACGUAGAUCAUCCCACAUUUAGUAACGGUUCUAUUUUCACACAAAGGAUAUUCUGUUUUCACGAAUAGUUUAUACUGUUCCAGUUGUUCCUUUCCUCUCGCUGCAUGUUUUUCUUUUAACGUCGUUGUGUGUGUGCGUGUUUAAGCCUCUAGCACUGCCACUAAAAGUCACAUGAAUGCUGAUGGGAGCAGUUCAGCCUCCAAAACGUAAUCUAAGCAGGGACCUUCCACUGCCUGCAGCCCAGAACCACUCUGCAUGUAAACGCAGUCUCUGUCUGUUACUUAAUAAGGCAGGCGCUGGCUGGAGGCUUUCUAAUGCCAAGACCAAUUCAGAAUCAAUUCUAAACACAAGCAUUCCUCGCCUGUGACACUUCACACUGAAGUGAGUUUUCUAUAUGGUCUUGUUUAGUUUCGACGAAGAUAAAUGGACAAUAUAUCCAUUUUGCACUGAGCUAAUAUGUAAAUAUUGUAUGGAGUUUAGCAGUUUUUAUUUUUCUUGAUGUGAGUAAGACUAUGCAGUCUUUGGCAAAGCGCCUGUGUUUAACAUUCUGCACCAGUCUGUUCUGCUCUUUUGAAGCACUUGGACACCAAUUGGACUGGGACCAAAGCCCCUCUGUCUCCUGCUUUUACUUGAUAUUCUUCAGGCUGAAAAGUCACUCCUUUGCUGUACUACUUUUAAAGUGCUUUUUGUCCCAUUGCCCUUUGUGUCUGAGACAGAAAACAGUACUGUGAAAAAGAAUCCUCUGUUAAAUAACGGAAAACAAUUUGUUUUGAUUCACACAGUUUGGGUUUCUUGUCCCCGAGGUGAAAACCUCCUAAGCAGCGCAGUCACAUGACCUAAUAGUUGAGUGAAGUCUCACUAUCGUCGGCAUUGCAGUCAUCAUGUGGUUCAGGCCACACAUUUCUGCAGCCAAUACGUAUUAUGACUAUAGCCCUGCUGCUAGCCACCAGCAAUCUGUAGGACAGAUGUACUGUGUCUGCACACUAAUAAUUAGUGAAAUCCAUCCUCCACUUCCUGUCCGAAGUAACACUUAAGAAAAGUCUGAGUGUGCCCACAUUGUGUGACCACUUAAAGCAAGAUACAUGUUUGUGGAAAGGAGGAAGAAAGUCAAAUAUGUUGUUUUCCAGCUUGUGGAUCUCCUUGAAAUUAUUCCAGGUCAUUUUUUCUGCUUUUCGAAGUUUGUUUGCACUGAGCUAUUCCUCAUGGUCGCAGUCUGUCUUUACUGUCUGUGUCUGUCUCUUGGUUUCAAUAUGAGUCCAUCUAAACUCCUUCUCCUGCCUAACCUGUGUGCUCUAAACCCCCGAUUAUAGAUGUUGUUCACGGAUAUUAGGGAAUAGAAAUCACAGCUCUGGUUGCUUCCUGAGCCACUUUGUUCCAGAUCAACUACUCAAAGCUGAUUUGCUCCCCCACAUAACCCACCCACCACAUGAUUACACACUUUUGCACACACGUACACUAAAUGACUCACAGGCACACACAGCCCAGAAGCAGCGGCACAGUGGUGGCUGGUAUUUCAGAUGAAAGUAGGUGAGUAUCUGCGUGCUCAUCUCUAAUCCCUGUUUAUGGCUGCAGAUUGAAUCCUGCUGCCCUUCCCCCUCUAUCUCUCACUAUCUCUCUUACAGUGUGGCUCGCAAUCAAUCAAUUUCUUUCUCUUCCCUGAGAAAUACAGCCAGAUGUUAAAAGUGUAGCUCAUAGCGUACUAAGUGUGUAAGCUGCGGUCUACGUUUUGCUUUUGUUUAAGGAUAUGUUUAACCCUUUUGUGAAGGUGUUAUGUUUUGUUUGGACUGUUUACUCUUUAAUCCCACUGUUCCUGAAUGCAUCUUGUUACCAUCGAAAUACAAAAAUGGCGGGUUAUAACCUUUAUAUACAGUCUAUGGUUAUAACUCAGUUUGUUUCUUAUGGUGCUUUGGCGAAACCUGCCAGUUGACAAACCAAUAAACCACUCUGGAAUUAAAACGUCA